AAGGGAGAGUAAAAGACAGCUUGCAAUGAAGGAGGAUUCUCACCUAACAUUUUACUCCUCCACUCACUCCCCCUUCCCCUUUUAACCUCGCCUCGCCUCGCCUCUACCCUCCCCUCAGUUUUAUUCCCUUCCUCUUCCUCUGUCCUAUAAAACAGAGCAGACAGUCUCUUAGGCACUGAGAUUACGGAGGAAUAGUGAUUCUUCUCAGCUCUCAUUGUGUACCCUCUUCUACUACGACUCGGACAGUUCCGUUCCCGAUUCCUAUUCACUCCUUUGGGACCAAUUCGUGCUCCGAAUUCUCAGAGUCUCCUUCCUAGCAAGAGGAAUUGAAGUGGGAAUUCCGUCAUUUAUUGACCCGCAAGAACAGCUCCAGCCCUCUCUAAGCAUAACUGAGGAGAUCGGUUCGACGACAAUGGUGGGUCCCAUUCACAACGGCGGCAUGGAGGACAUGGACUGCGGGAGCUUCUUCGACCACAUCGACGACCUCCUCGACUUCCCCAUGAACGAAAACGACAUCGACGCUGCCGGCCUCCCUGGGAGGCUCGACUCAUUCCCCAGCAUUUGGACGGCCGGGUCCGACUCGGUCUUCUCCAACACCAACUCCGACCUCUCUGCACAGCUCUCCGUCCCCUACGAGGACAUUGUUCAGCUCGAAUGGCUCUCAAACUUUGUGGAGGAUUCGUUCGCCGGUGAUGGAAGCCUUGCCGUCAACAACUCCACCAAACAAGAGACUUCCAAUCUCACCAAGGAAGAGCCAUUCCAUACCGGCCAGUUCCACACCACCAGCCCCGUCUCGGUCCUCGAGAGUAGCAGCUCGUCGUUUGGGGAAAAGCCCGGCCCCGAUGGCCUGGCACCUCUCCCGGGAGGGCGGCGGGGGAAAGCCCGCAGCAAGCGGGCACGCCCUGCCACCUUCAACCCACGCCCUGCAAUGCAACUCAUCUCACCGACAGCCUCGUCAGUCGCUGAGAACUUGGCCCCUAGUGUCUCCUUGAAGGCAUUGUCUGAUUCCGAGAAUUAUGCCGAGUCUCGACCGGCCGUGAUCAAGAUCCCGAAGCAACCAUCAUUGGAAAAUGGGGAGCCUAAGAAGAAGAAGAAGAAGAUCAAGUUGACCAUCGUCCAGAAAUCAGGUGAUGCGGGCGAGAACUCAUUGCCGGGCCAGGCCGUCAGGAAAUGCCUGCACUGCGAGAUCACCAAGACCCCGCAAUGGCGGGCAGGCCCGCUGGGCCCAAAGACCCUCUGCAAUGCGUGCGGGGUCCGCUAUAAGUCGGGGCGACUCUUCCCCGAGUACCGUCCUGCAGCAAGCCCAACAUUCAUCCCCGCGGUGCACUCGAACUCCCAUAAGAAGGUCCUCGAGAUGCGGAGCAAGAUGGGGCCCGUAUCAACCACCGGUACACCGACGGAACUCAUCCCGAACCCCACCGUUCCAUUGGAUUACAUGUGAUGUGGGAUCACAAGGGAGGAGACGUCCCGUCCCUCUUAUGAACUGCCAGUCCGUGCUUAUUCCGCUUAUGGGUUAAUUCAAUUCUUUGGUUUUUUGUACAGAGGGAAUGGGCGAUUAGCAAGUAGAUGACUCAGUUGAUUUUAGUUUGAUUUGAUUAGUAGGAAGGGGUAGGCAGAUUUAUCAAUAGUAUUAAGUAGUAGUCAUUUGAUUAAUAGUUCAUUAGGAGUUCCUAAGGAAAAUUUAGACAUUUGGGGAGGAAUAUGUUGGUCUCAGUUUUGCAUUAUUAGUUGUCGUGUUUCCUUCCAAUGUUCCUUUGUCAUGGGGAGCUCUUUUUGCAGUUCAGCUGUAGUUGGAAAACCUAAAAAAGAAAAAGAGAGAGAGAAGAAGACAGUCUUAGAUCAGUUCAAUGAAAUUUGAUUUAUGCCUCA